AUGACCACACAAACAGAUACCGAAGAUUUCGUUAACCAUUUGAAGUCUGUCCUCCUCGAGCUCAACGCGCAUCCCUAUCCCGAGGUAGAAUGUCCACCUAGCUUACCAAAGCGCGCCUCCGUUGCCCUCAUCUUGCGCAUACAACCCAACUACGCGCAUUGGCCCACCCUCUCAGACGACCCUCUACCAAAUCUACCCCGAUCGCCAACACGACGCCGCCGGUCCUCCGUCGCGUCAACAUCGAGUCACAAAUUCAACUUUGAGGCUAUACUCAAUGCGUUCUUCGAACAAGAUUGGGUGAAGCAUGGCGAUCCUGAGAUCUUAUUCAUCAAGAGAGCGACGAGGGUUGGCGACAAGUGGAACGGACACGUUGCACUGCCGGGAGGGAAGCGGGAUCCUGAAGACGAUGAUGAUGCUGUCACGGCAGUGAGGGAGGCAUUGGAGGAAGUUGGAAUCGAUCUGGGGUACCGCAAUGCGAUCGCCGUGGGCAACUUGCCUCAGAGGAUCGUCACGACGAGCUGGGGAAAAGUACCGUUGAUGGUCCUAUGUCCCUACGUUUACCUCCUAACAUCGCCUUCCUACCCUGCGCAACGACUCCAACCGACCGAAGUAGCCUCCUCACACUGGGUGCCGCUACGCGCCUUACUAUCUCCCGAUCUCCGCACCCACGAAUACGCCGACGUCAGCGCACGCCUCGCGAAAUCUGAACUCGGCAUCAAGCGCUGGUUCCUGCAAGCUAUGCUCUCGAAAAUGAUGUUCGCGGCUAUUCAACUUGUGCCUGCGAGUUCAACGCACUGUGCGACGAUACCAGACUUCAUCCCAGCUGGCGAUGCUUCAGCAAGGGGCGUGAUUGGCAAGGUUAAAGAGGUGCUAGGAGGUUCAAAGGCUGGACACACGGAUCGGAAGCCACCACUACUCCUCUGGGGACUGACACUGGGUGUUGUGAGUGAUUUCCUGGAGCACAUACCACCUCACAAUGCGCUGGAGCUGUGGACGUAUCCAACGUUCACGAACUGGGACGUGCGGUUCGUUAUGUGGGCUCUGUCCUAUAGGUUUCGAAAGCAAAAAGCGCUGGAGCUUUCGACGACAACCACCUCGUCAAGCAUUACAGGGGAUUCGAGGGAGACUCCUGUCCAAAACCUAGCCGGCGCGGGGGCCGAAGCACUGGGCGGCUUGAGUGAAGGGUCGGAGAAGCCAGGAGAGGUGGGCAUAGCGGGCUUGGGAGUAGGACGGGGUUGGGGACAGACUGGGAGAGCGAAGAUGACUGCAAGGGGAGCAGCCGUAAACUCGAUGCUAGAAGGGUACUAUCCUAUUGUAAGAAAAGCAGUGGCUACGGCACUAGCAGGCAGAAUAGGUGUUGCUGCUCUGUUAGUGUUUUGGGCGUGGAGGAGUUUCAAGAAGAGCAGGUAA